AUGGCUGUCAGUCUUCGCUGGGCCCGGCGGCGAGCGCGGAACACAGCAAUACUCGCACAAUCAGCCCAUGUUGAAGACGUAAUGACGCACCGGACGCACCGGACACAACGCUGGAACAUAGACAGCCCAAACGCGACAAAGCAGGGAGGCGCCAAGCCUGGUGGCAUUCCGUUUUCUGGAGAUGCCCUCGCGGCCCUCGCGGCCCCGGCUUCAUUAAACGUCAAAACUACAGUCAAAGCUGCUGAUUUGCAGGUGCUGUGUCGACGUUUGCGAAAGUUGCCUCUCCGCCAAUUGGGGCCUUCUCUGCCGGCCUUGCAUGCGCAGAUCCACAGUUUGAGCGAGACGGCAUCGGCUCAUUUUUGGUCAUCAAUUUCACGACGUAUUUUGGUGAAUGCAGCAGAGAGAGCACAUUUUCCCUUGCGAACUUUAGCAUUUGCACUUCCAGAGCUUCAGCGUUUGGGACUCCUUAAAAAAGUUUCUGCGCUGGGGAAGCUGGUUCGUGGUUUGGCCAGACAGGCCUCGCAAGCUGAUCAUGCAGACCUGCUUCCCCUGCUGAAUUGCUGCCGGACCCUGCAGCUACAACUGUCAAUUUCCAAGCCGCGGGCGCAAGGCUGCUGGGCAGGUCGCUUGCACAAAAAGCUCACGCGAAGUUUGCCACCUGUUCUGGCCGAGGCUCCGCCAGGCAUCGUCAUUCCGUGGAUGGAAUACUAUGCCGAACAUGGAAUGGUGCAUCAUGAGCACUUGCAUGUGUGGGAAAGAGCAGCUGAAAGCUUGAAGAGCUCGUUGCUGUCCUAUGAGGAUGAAGAAAGGCUCUUGAAGUUUCAAGACCGAGCACCUCUUUGGGUAGUGGAGUGCUUGCCAGAAGUAGCUUCAAAAUCCGACGCAAUCACUACAUGCUUGACUAGUGACAGCGAUUUGGAGCUGGUUGAAGCCCCACCUGAUGUCGAGUCGCAGCAAGACCUGACAUUGGCUAAUUUGCAAGUGACACCGACAUCCCCUCCGAUGUAUCUCACAUCUCCACCCGUCCCUGUGCUGUGGCAUAUGUUGCCGGUGAACUAUGAGAGGAGUUUGUCCCGCUUGGGAGGGAGGCAGCUAGUCCUGGCUUUGCGCUACGCUGCGGCUGAUGGUGCUGGAGCGAGUAUUGGCCAAGAUCUUCGUUUGACUGAAGGGAACCGACCACGCAAGCAUCGAAGCCGCAGUAGAGCACAGGCUUUUAUUGCAGCACUACUCUGGCAGCUCAGCCGUACAAGAAUAACGCCAAGUGAUGCAUGCUCGGUUGUGAAGAGCUUGGCCUCACUUCAGAAGGUUGGCUUGGCGGAUUGCCUGGAAGCAGCAGAAACAUUGGAAGCUUUAGUGGCUGGACCCUUAUCAGGUUGGAAGGUUGCGACUGUGCUGACUCCCAGUGAUGUGGCAGUCUUGUUGCAGGGCAUGGCCUCCUUGGUUGGGUCGCUACCGGACGAGUCCAUUCAGCCUUUGCAGGUGGUGGCACGCACUUCAAUGGAAAGCUCCGAAGGCUCAGUUGCACGGCUGUUGGAGCUUGCAGCUUGUGCUCUGCAGGAAGCAGGCGCCCCGCCCAAAACCUUGCGAGCCAUGUGUGGUGCAGCUGCUUCGCUGGCUAAAUGGCGCAAGAAGACUAGAACGACGCGGCGAACCAAGGACGAGGACAUAGAGAGCGUGAGCAGAAACGCGGAGGGAGAGGGAAACCAUCGAGAGUGGCAAGAGACCAAGACAGCGUUAGAACGCUUCCUGAGAGCAGCUGCUGUGGCAGCAAGGGAUGGACCACAUCCACAAGCGCCGCAACUAAAGCAGCCCUUGGCAGUUUUGCGGGCUGCAGGAGACUGUGGCAUUUGGUCUUCAGAGGUGUUUGCAAUGUUGGCGCCCAUGGUGACUGAAUUGAUCCUAGGUCGCCCACUACCAAGACUGCCUGGCUAUGCCAGAGAUUGGAAGCCCCUUCUUCCCCGUUCUGGAUACAUUCGAAGUGUGUGGCAGAUUGAGGAGCUUGCAGAGGUUGCAUGGCUUUACGGAUCACAUCGCAGACCGUUGGAGGGUCAAACAGGAGUGGCUUUGUCUCUGACUCUUUUGGUGCAAAUGCCGGUGCUAAAUGCCGGCCUUGCAGCGCCUUCGUCUCGACAUUUGGAUUCAACAACUCCGUCCCGCUCCGAUCUUUUGGGUUCGGAUCUGGACUCGCGCAUUCUAGCCUUUGCAUGUGACAGUUGCAGGGUGUUGCGAAAAGUUGCAGAAGAACCAUAUUUUGUUGGGAUUUGGCGGCCACCAAACGGACAACAAGCCGUCGAAGAAUUUGAUCCACAGUUUGUAAAGGAUCAUGCUCUGGCUAUGCAGGUGCUGCGGAAGUGGAAGCGGCAAGUGGACACCCUUCUGUUUGGUUCAUCCUGUGGUGCCCGUGUUCGGAGCCGCAAGCUCAGAGAGAGCAAAGAUGGGUGGCUUGGACGAGAUGUGCUGGCAGCAUGCUCGGCACUGUCGGCGUUUGAGCGUCAGAGCGACGAGGCGCUAGCCUUGACAGCUUCAGCAAAAACUUGCCUGCUUAGAGCAUAUCUUAGGCAGAAUCUCCAGCAAGAAAGCAAAGGCCAACUGCGUGCCUGGCUGCGGCAUGAGCGGAUGCUCAAGCGAGCAAAAGAUGCGUUCAAGUCGAUGCCUACCGACCACUAUAGAGCCGGGACUGCCAAACAAAAACACAUUGUUCUUUUUUCAAAGGAUUCUUUCUGA